AGAGAUCACCCGCGUACGUGUCAUCAUGUCGAAUGCCACUUUUAUUAGAUGUUCUGUAGAGUAAAAGCAUUUUUUAUUUAUUUGUGUUCUUAGCUCGGUGAUUUCGAUUGCCCAUAUGAAAUACUGUGCGUCGAGGUAGCACAGAAUUACAGAAGUUUUUCUAGUUGUGAAUUUUCUUUUUCAAAACACAGGGCGAGUUGACAAUCCACCCUGUGUCUUUCAAAGCGAGUGCAGGCACAUGACGGCAGAGGGCUUGGAGUGGAGCUAGACGGCUACAGAGAGGGCUCUAGGGCCGUCGAUCCGAUUCAGACUCAGGACAGCUCAUACACCGGGCACUGCGCAUACGCAGAUACACGAAAACACAACUUGGCAGAGAUUUGAAGGACGGCGUUCUGUCUGGUCAUGUUGCCCAUAUCAAGGUCCAGUUUGUGCCUAACGUUAGGUCACAACUGCAGAUUAGCGGGAAUAUGUGGAGUGCCCUCCCGACAACACUAUGGUACAUUUCCAGAAAACUCAUAUCACUCUUUAUACCCAGGACAUAUUCCCACUAAUCCCAUCCAAAAAGCCCUCCUAGCAGUUGGAUCUGGCGUUGCCGCUCUUCAGAACCCUUACAGACAUGACAUGGUUGCAGUUCUUGGGGAAACCACAGGACACCUGGCCCUUAUGAAGUUGCGUGAUCGGAUGAAGAAUGAUCCUGAAGGUUACACUAUUCUCACAGAGCGGCCACGUAUCCGCCUAUCUACUCUGGACUUAGCCCACAUGGCUACCCUUCCAGAUGGCUCAUUUGGGAGGGAAUACCUCCGUUUCCUGGAGGAAAAUAGAGUAACACCAGACUCCCGAGCGGAUGUGAAGUUUGUGGAUAAUGAGGAGUUAGCAUAUGUCAUGCAGCGAUACAGAGAAGUUCAUGACCUUCUGCACACUUUACUAGGAAUGCCCACCAACAUGCUGGGCGAGGUAGCGGUGAAGUGGUUUGAGGCGGCGCAAACAGGCCUACCCAUGUGCAUUAUGGGAGCAGCCCUAGGACCACUGCGUCUGUCCUCAAGUCGUUUGCAGACCUUGGCUACAUCCCUGGGUCCUUGGGCUGUACGUAGCGGUCGGCGGGCGCGUUGUGUCCUCAGCAUCUUUUAUGAACGCCGAUGGGACCAGAGCGUGGAGGACCUCCGAAAAGAGCUGGACAUCGAGCCGCCUCCCCUGAUCAUCUCGGCAACAAAUAAGAAAGCGUCAGCAAAUUCUGAGCCAGCUUCAUGAGCAACAGCCAUAUAUGACAUGUUUAUAUGUUGUAUGACGAUGAUUAUGAUGAUUAGGACUGAUGCACUGUAUGAUGAUUAUGACUGAUGUAUAUGGUAUGUGCCUGUGUGGUAUGUACCGUAUGAGUGAUGAAUUUAUUUUAAUUUUUAUUGGUGGAGGUAACGGGCCUCAGAAUAUGGUAAUACAGUAAUCACAUGAAUGCUCAUCAAUGGUGUUGAAAGAUGCUUCAAAUGCAAGAUAUCCUGCUGCGGCAGGAAGUAGUCAUGUGCUGGGAAUUGCCUUCAUUUGAUCUUCAUCCUGUGUACAUCCUGUAAAUAGUUUAUGAGGGAGUCAAUUCCUGUCUGCCCUUACAAGCUGAAUCUGUGGAUAGAAACAGAGGACUGUAAAGAGACACUUAGCUGACUCACUUGCAUCAUAACCAUGACUCGCCACAAAUGCUCCAUAAACACUGUCUCAUUGUCACAAGUCUCUUGUUGGUCUAGAAGUUACCAUAUCCUUGUGACAGUCAUGCACUUGUGUUUGUGUUGGUCAUGCACAAGAGGUUGUUUAUCUGUUGUUGUUGUUGUGUGAGAUGCUGAGUCACAGACUUGGCCCUCUGGAUAUCUGGAAUGAAAAAACUUAUUUAAAAGGA